AUGCAGCCAAAUAACAGUGUAAAUGAAUUCAUACUCAUAGGACUGACACAAGAUCCCGUGAGACAGCAAAUUGUAUUUGUCAUAUUCUUCAUUUUCUACUUGGGGACUGUGGUGGGCAAUUUGUUAAUUAUCGUGACCAUAAAGUUCAGCCAGACACUGGGGAGUCCCAUGUACUUCUUCCUUUUCUACUUGUCUCUUGCUGAUUCCUGCUUUUCAACUUCCACAGCUCCAAGACUUAUCGUGGAUGCCCUAUCUACCAAAAAAGUGAUAUCUUAUAAUGAAUGCAUGACUCAGGUCUUUGCACUUCAUUUAUUUGGCUGCAUGGAGAUCUUUGUGCUCAUCCUCAUGGCUGCUGAUCGCUAUGUGGCCAUCUGUAAACCCCUGCAUUACCCAACCAUCAUGAGGAGACAGGUCUGCAUUGCUUUGAUCAUCCUUGCCUGGAUAGGGUCUUUCAUACACUCCAUAGCUCAGAUUGCAUUGGCUUUACAAUUGCCUUUCUGUGGUCCUAAUCUGAUUGAUCAUUACUGUUGUGAUUUGCAGCCUUUACUAAAGUUGGCAUGCAUGGACACUUACAAGAUCAAUUUAUUAUUGGUGACUAAUAGUGGUGCCAUUUGCUCAAGCAGUUUUGUGCUUCUGAUGAUCUCCUACUUUGUAAUUUUGCAUUCACUUCGAAACCACAGUGCAGAGGGAAGGAAAAAAGCCCUGUCCACUUGUACCUCUCACAUCAUUGUAGUAAUCUUAUUCUUUGGUCCUUGUAUAUUCAUUUAUACACGCCCCCCAACUACUUUCCCUAUGGACAAGAUGGUGGCAGUAUUUUAUACUAUUGGAACACCUUUUCUUAACCCCAUCAUCUAUACACUGAGGAAUGCAGAAGUGAAGAAUGCCAUGAGAAAGUUAUGGCUCAGAAAAAUUACUUCAGAAAACCAGAAGUAA